AUGGCUUCACCAAAGUACAGAAUAGCGAUGGGCUGCGAUAAUGCUGGAGUCGGCUACAAGAACCAAAUCAAAGCUGACUUCGAGAGCGAUCCACGCGUAGAGUCUGUCACAGAUGUCGGCAGCCAUGGGGCGGACGACAAAACGGCAUAUCCCCACCGAGCAGUGUCGGCGGCCAAACUCGUGGCAGACGGCAAAUGCGACCGGGCACUCCUGAUCUGCGGCACUGGACUGGGCGUCGCCAUCUCGGCGAACAAGAUCAAGGGAAUCCGCGCGGUUACGGCACAUGACAGCUUCUCGGUCGAGAGGGCGGUGCUCAGCAACAAUGCUCAGGUGCUGUGUAUGGGCGAGAGAGUGGUCGGCUUGGAGCUGGCGCGGCGUCUGGCAAAGGAAUGGUUGGGAUAUCAGUUUGACCCAAAUAGUGCGAGCGCGGCAAAAGUGGAUGCUAUCACUGAGUAUGAGAAGAAUGAACUGUAG